AUGGGAAGAUGGAAUCGUUGGUUUCAAAAGGUCUUUCGAAAGCAGCAAAAAGACCACUCCUCAUCACCACUUUCGUCCCUAGUGGAGGAAACCACUGAGUCCACCAGUGAUCCAAACUUUUCGGAAGAAAUCAAUUCAUCAUCAUCGGAGAAGGAAAUUUCAAUUGUUCAUGCAGACAAGUCAUGGCUGAAACAUAUGAGGUCAUCCAAUCAUCCAACAACAUCAUCCUGUCAAUUCAUCUUCGAUUCUGAUGUUCUCUUCAUCGUUUUUCAAUUUCUGAGAGAUGACUAUAAAUUCUUGCUCUCCAAAUGUAAGCUCGUUUGUAAACAAUGGUAUGAAUGUGUCACUCGUGUGCCAUUAUCCCUCAAACUUGGCUAUGACCAUUUUAAUCAAUACAAGAAGGCUCUAUUCUCAAACUAUUUAAAACCUUCCACUUUUUACAAUACCAAUGUGACGGAACUGUUUCUAAGUACGAACAGGGUGCUCACUGCCAAUCAUUUCAAAUGUUUGGUGAACAAUUUAAGUUCCAGGAGGCCCUUGACUUUUGAAGAAGGUUCCACCGGAGGCGCCAAUCCCAACAACACAACCCCUCAAAAAAUCGUUCACUUCUCCUGCAGCGAUGAACUUGGAGUGAACCAUAUUCGAGCUCUUUUUCAUACCUAUCCAAGUCUUUGGAAUCACCUCAAACAUUUGGAUUUAUUUUCAAACAAGUUGAGUGAAAAUCACAUUGAGGUCUUUGUGAGCAGUGGAUUUUCUUUUUCACAUCUUGAGACUUUGUACCUUAGUCAUAAUGCCAUUAAUGAUGAGGGGGUGAAAAUUUUGAUGGAACGAGGCUUUAGAUCUUUAGGCAUGUCUUACUCUUUAAAAAAAUUGGCACUAGAUAGUAACGAAAUAAGUAAGGAAGCAGUGAAGGUCAUUGCUGAGAAUCCAAACAUGAAAAAUCUGACAUGUUUAAAAUUGGGAAUGAACAUGAUUGGUGAUGCAGGAAUACAAAGCUUGACAUCAAGUGAAAAUUUACAGAAUUUAACAGAAUUGAAUCUUGGGCUUUGCAAGUUUACCACAGAAGGUGCCAAACUUCUUUCAACCAGCGUUUACUUGCGCAGUUUACGAUCUUUAUCAAUUUCAGCCAAUAAUAUUAAUCAAGAAGGAGCUCAAUAUCUUUCACAACCAGGAACUAGUUUACAAAAUUUAACCGAGCUUGAUUUGAACUUUUGUAAAAUAGGAGAUGAUGGAUUAGAAAAACUCAUGAGUGGUCAUUGCAUUCAGAAUGUAACUGACCUCUCAUUGAGAGGAAAUGACAUCUCAGAGAGAGGAAUUGAAUUCCUCGCUCAUCCCAAAAAACGUCCUUUUCAAAUUUAUGCCAAGCUACAAUUUUUGGAUUUGAGUCAAAAUUCAAUAGGAGACACAGGUGUGAAAAAGUUGGUCAACUUUUCAAACGAGCAAUUGUCACACUUGAGAGAUUUGAAUUUAUUUGGUACUGAUAUUGGUGAUGAGGGCAUGCAAGCUGUGAUGAAUUGUGAGCAGUGGAAAAAAUCUUUACAAUAUUGCAGAAUUGGUAAAAAUCCAAACAUUUCAGCAAAAGUGAGAGGAUUGAAUCACCAAAGAUUUCUUUGA